GGGGAAGCAGAGAGAAAUUUUAUUGGCAUUGAAAGGUAGAGCGUUGUGAUUUAAAACCUUUGACAAUUCUCCAUUUUUUCCUGCUAAAACGCCGCAGACAAUAUGGAAUUAGAACCCUGCUUGGAAACGGAACACAGAUUGAAUGUGCCGGAAACGAAGAAAAAGAAGAGGCGCAUCCGCAUGGAUGGUCCGGACGGUGGCGGAGCUUGGUUCGUGGCGCUUUCAGCUUGCCUGAUCAACUUCAUAAUGGCCGGACUGGGCCGGAUGGCCGGCAUCAUUUACAUCGCCUUCAUGGAUCGCUACCGGACGGACAGACAGGGCGCGGCCACGCCCUUCGCCGUGCGAUCCUCGACAAGGAGCCUGCUUGGUCCUGCAGUGGGCAUCCUGGGCCAAAAGUAUGGCGUCCGAGCUGUAACGGUGACUGGAGGAGUUAUUGGUACACUUGGAGCAGCGGCGUGUUUCUUUGCUCCUGACAUGAUUUGGGUCAGCAUCCUUUGGGGAGGAAUUAACGGUCUAGGCACUGCUUUGACUACUACUCUUCCGCUAGUGGUGAUAGAACAAUACUUCAAGAAACAUCGGACAACCGCUUCAGGGAUGGCUUUCUCAGGAGGUUGCAUUGGUGCUUUUCUGUUCCCUGCACUGCUAGAGAAGCUGCUUCUCUCUUAUGGACUUGAAGGGACCUUCCUCAUUCUCGCCGGAAUCGUCAUGCACACUAUACCAGCUGCCAUGAUCUUGCGCAAGCCACCAUGGCUGAGGAAAGAAAUCAUGGACAUUUUGAAGGAUAUCGAGCGUUUGUAUUUUCAUUCGCAAGCACCUGACUCAGAACAGUUUUUGAAGCCAGGAGAUAGUCCCGUUCGAAACAACAUCCGAAAUCGCUUGUUGGUGGCAGAAAUCAGAUGUAAGAAAAGUCAGAGCUUCCACUUGGAUGACAAACCAGAAAAAUUUCAAACUAUUUGCACAAAUGUGUCGACGCCAGAUAUUUCAAAAAUUCAGCGUAAGCCCAUAGAUCCGUGCAUUUUACUGAGGAUAAAAGAACUAUGUAACACGAAUGAAAGCAAAAUUUUGUCUCUGUACCCAGAAUGCAGGAGAAAAGAAAUUUCUCUUCUACUGAAGGAAAUUCGAAAGUUGAAUAAGUUGAGCUGCUCAGAAGAGAAACAAAGUUUCUUGACUGGGUCUUUUUGUGACAUUUCUGGUGAGACGUUGAUGCCUGUUAAUACAGCAGAUAAAACUAAUGCAAUGACGCUAAGCAUCGACAAUCACCCCAACACAUUUCGUAGUCAUUUCAAAACUGCACUGAAAUUGCACAAGAAUCCUCUUUUCUUGCUGAUUUGCGUUUGUCGCGCAGUCCACUUCAUAACUUUCGUGCCAACGGUGACUGUCAUAGUCGACUUCUCAAUAGAUCAAGGUCUUCCUGCUGACGAGGGGAAAUACGUCAUUGGAGCACUGUCUGCGGGAGAUCUAUUAGGACGUUUGUGCCUAGGGUGGAUUACCGAUUAUGGAUUCAUCGGUUUGCCCAAAUACAUGAUGUUUGUGAUGAUUUUGCAGGGUAUGAGCACGGCAUCUUUGCCGAUGAUGCACGAUCGCAAUUCUCUCUACGCGAAUUUGGUAGUGUUCGGUGCCUUGCAAGGAUCCAUAUUUAUCAGGCAUUCUAUUUGCAUUUCCAAGUAUUUGAAAAGCCACGAGCAGUCUAUAGCCAUGGGAUGCAUGAACUUCUUUUCUGGGCUCCUCGGGUUUCUUCUCCCGCUUUAUAUUGGUUAUUUCCGGGACACCAUUGAAUCCUACGACUGCAUUUUCUUCAUCAACGGUUGCAUUGGUUUCUUAGUUGGAUUGCUUUGGAUUUUUGUACCUUCCUUACUAAAAGCAAAUGCUAUGGAGAACAAAGAUGUACCCGAAGCAGUUUGAACUCUUCAGUAGAAACUGACUGUUGUUACUCAACUAGGAGAUAUUCCUAUUGAAUAUUCAUCUCCUUUGGUGCUCUGGAGGACAAAGAUGUAUCGGAAAACAUUUCAGUAGAAACUCCGACUGUUGUUACUUAGCAGGGAGAUGGUAAUUCCAAAUCUUCUCUUACUCCAGUGCUCUGGAGAGCGAUGACGUCCUAGAAGCGGUUUGAACUCUUCAAUAGAAACUGAAACUCCGGAUUGGGAGCUGUUCCUUUAAAAGCAUUUUCGAAAUCGGCUUCUUAAUUGGAUUGCUUUGGGUUUUUGGACCUUACCUAUUAAAGGCAAAUUCUCUGGAGGACAAGUAUGUAUCAGAAUAUACUUCAGUAGAAACUCAGACUGUUGUUUUUCGGCUGAGAGCUGUUCCUUUAGAAUCUUCAUCGAAAUUGGUGCUCUGGAGGACAAAUAUGUACCGGAAAACACUUCAGUUGGAGACUCAGACUGUUGUUACUUGGCUGGGAGUUGUUCCUUUUAAUAUCGGUCGCUCUGCUGUUUUGAAGGGCUCCUCCAAAAGCCAUUUGAACUCUUCAGCAGAAACUCAGACUGCUGUUCCUCGGUUAGGAGCAGUUAACUUUAAAUUUUAUCAACUCCGUUGCUUUGGAGGGUCAAGAUGCACCAAAAAAAAAAAAAAAAAAACUCUUCAUUAGAAACUUAGACUGUUGUUACUUGACUGGCAGCUGUUACUUUUGAAUCUUUAUCGAUUCUGGUGCACUGAAGGGCUCAGAUGUACCAAAAGCUAUUUGAAUUCUUCAGCAGAAACUCAGAUUGCUGUUACUAGACUGGGAGCUGUUAAUUUUAAAUUUUUUCAACUCCGAUAUUUUGGAGGCAAAAGAUGUAACAGAAAACACUUCAAUAGAAAUUUAAACUGUUGUUACUUGGCUGGGAGCCAUUUCCUUUAAAUGUUCAUCGACUCCGGUAAUUAAAGCCGAAGAAUCAAAAUGGAGGAAAAUAUUUUACCACUUCAGAAAUUUUUUUUAAUAAUUGUGUACUUUAACGAGAGCUUGUUGCAAUUCGAUAUUUUAUUUAAAAAAAAAAAGAAUCAAUAGCAUUUAUGACUCAUUCUGCUUCUUAUAAUCUUCAAUGAAUGUUGUAAACUUUCCUUGUUGAUAAAUGUUUGUAGGAAUGGAAUUCCAUUAUGAAAAUUUUCUGUCAAUUAAAAUUUGUUCUUUAUAUUUUAAAAUUAAUAAUCACAAGUCAUUAUCUGCAUUCUAGUCACAAUUUAUUUUCUAAAUCAACCAAAUUUCUCAGAACAAUGUUUAGGUAGUGAAAUAAGAAACAACGUUUAACGGCACAAAAAUGUAGAUUUCUGCAAUUUCACGUUAUUUCUUAUUUUACUUUUCAAGCAAAGGUAGUUAUUCAACUUAAAUGUCUAGAUAAUUUCUUUAUGCAAUUUAUACACGGAAAGAAAUAUAAUUUUAAAUAUUAUCGUCGAAAGUAAAUAAUGUAUGCUUAUUGAAUCUUUGCAAUUAAAUUUUGUGCUGUGACUUUAUAAUUCAGUUUUAUCUUGUAAUUGCAAAUAACUAAUUUUAUGACUUAGCAAAAAAAAAAAAAAAAAAACGUUCCAAGACAGAAAUUCAUCCCUAGAUUGUAUGGGAAAAGGAUUUAAUAUGCUAUUUUUAAUAUCCAAAAUACUUAAAAAUUUCAUUAAAUUAUUGGAAAUUCUUUUGGAAAACAAAGUACAUUAUAUGUGCUCUACUUUGUUCGCGUUUAUAGCUUUAUUGUUAUUGUAGAAAGUUAAUGCACAAAAAACGUGCAGAUAGCUUUGAACUUGUCUUCAUUUUAAUAUUUAUUUCAUUAAUACUUCUAUUGAUUUUAAGUUUUUUAAAAGUGCUUUUUGAUCAAGAGACAGAGUAUUUUAUGCGACAUGUAGAUUGUAGCUACGCAAAUGUUAUAAAAAGAUGAACUUUCAGAUGUUUCAAUGUGGGAGCUUAUAUAAUGUGUGAUAUCUUAAUUUAUUGGAGUAGUGUUCAUAUCGAGACAAAUCAUUAGAUGAUUUUCUAUUUUAGUACAUUUCGUAUUCAUAUGCAAUUGUUUAAU